GCCCUGUCCCUUAGUGCAUAACUUUUAGCAUGUCAAGCAUCAAAGACAGUUUGACAGCGGAAGCUGUGCAAGAUCGCGUCAAUGAGCUUCUCCUAUCGUCAGGCAUCACAUACAAAGAAUAUGUAUUGGGAUUUGCAUUCGCUGUUUAUGGACUAGAGACGUAUCUCAGCUGGCGUCAGUACCGAAAGUACUUGGAACCCAAGAGGCCUAAGAAUCUGGCCGACAUUGUGUCAGAAGAAGAUUUUACAAAGGCUCAGGCAUAUGGUGCCGAUAAAUCGCGGUUUGAUUUCAUCGCAACUGCCUACGGUCAAGUACAGACCGUUGCUAUGAUUGUGUACGAUGGCCUCCCACUUCUGUGGGAUUACUCUGGCUCUCUCAUGUACAAAUUUGGUGGGCUCGGUCCGGAAUAUGAGAUUACCCAAUCCUUGGUGUUCUUCUGCGUCUAUGCUAUCAUUUCUACUGUCUUGUCACUCCCCGUUUCGCUUUAUUCUACCUUUGUCGUUGAGGAACGUCAUGGAUUCAACAAGCAAUCUCUCUCCUUGUUCUUUACCGAUCUUCUCAAGGGCCAUGCUAUCGGCGCUGUUAUUGGCUUGCCACUUGUGGCUGCUUUUCUUUGGAUCAUCCAGUCAGCUGGCAAGAACUUCUUCUUCUACGUGUGGAUAUUCAUGGUUGUUUUCCAAAUGAUUAUGAUUACUCUCUACCCUACCGUCAUUCAACCUUUGUUCAACAAAUUGACUCCUUUGGAGGAUGGUGAACUUAAAUCAGACAUCGAAGCUCUUGCUUCUCGUAUUGAUUUCCCUUUGAAGAAAUUGUUCGUCAUUGAUGGCAGUAAGCGAUCCAGUCACUCCAAUGCUUACUUCUUUGGAUUCGGCAAAAACAAGCGUAUCGUACUUUUCGACACUCUUCUUGAGCACUCUACCAUUGAGGAAGUGUGUGCUGUUCUUGCCCAUGAACUUGGUCACUGGUCCAUGAACCACACUCUCAAGAUCCUGAUUGUCACCCAGCUUCAUCUCUUGGCCCUGUUCUGGCUUUUCUCUCUUUUCAUUAGCAACACUGCCCUUUACCAAUCUUUCGGAUUCUCUACCAAACCCAUUUUGAUUGGUUUUAUCCUGUUCCAGUAUAUCUACGCCCCGGUUGAGAAUGUCAUCAACUUUUUGAUGCAUGUUUAUUCUCGAAAGAACGAGUACGAAGCUGAUGCAUUUGCGCUCAAGUUGGGAUACGCCGAAAGCUUGCGGUCAUCUUUGAUCAAAUUGAACGUUAAGAACUUGGGUAACUUCAACCCUGAUCCUCUCUACUCUGCAUGGAACAAGUCCCAUCCUAGUCUUGUGGAGCGUCUCGCCGCCCUCGGUGUCAAACCUACUUCCGACAAACCUGUCGCUGUUGCUGAAAAGGAUGAUAAGAAAUCCCAGUAAAUCCUCAAAAAGUUCACUCUAAACUUCACUCCCAGCCCCUCGUUGAUAGAAGAAAUUAUAUAUUAUUUUUUUCAAAAGAUCUAGUUGUAGAGGUACAUGGUAAUUUUUUUUAGUUCUCCUUCUUUCUUUUUGUAUUUUGUAAGUAUAAACUGUCAUU